GCUCUGGUGCGCAAGCGCAGUGGCUGGACGACCGACCGUGUGUUUCCAAAAUGGCGGCAGCGAUGGAUGUGGAUACCCCGACCGGCACCAACAGCGGCGCGGGCAAGAAGCGCUUUGAAGUGAAAAAGUGGAAUGCAGUAGCCCUGUGGGCCUGGGACAUUGUGGUUGAUAACUGUGCCAUCUGCAGGAACCACAUUAUGGAUCUUUGCAUAGAAUGUCAAGCUAACCAGGCGUCUGCCACUUCUGAAGAGUGCACCGUUGCGUGGGGAGUUUGUAACCAUGCUUUUCACUUCCACUGCAUCUCUCGCUGGCUCAAAACACGGCAGGUGUGUCCGCUGGACAACAGAGAGUGGGAAUUCCAAAAGUAUGGGCACUAGAAAAAAAUCUUCCAUCAAGCUCAACUGUUUUAUUAUUCACUUAAUAACUUGCCAUCCUGUUACUUAAUUAUAAAUUAGAUAGAACCAUGUCCUUUCUGCCUUGUCUUUUCAGUUUGCUAUUCCUGCAGUCAUAUUGUAUUCUUUGUCAAAUAAAAUCUAGUUGGAUUCGAGAAC